GCCAGACUCUCCUGAUCUUAACCUGCCCCCGCCUGACGCUUCCGGCCGGCGGCUCAGGGCAGGUGAGUACCGCGCCCGCCCCGCACGGCGCCUGCGGGAACGGGCGCCACUGAGGGCGGCGGCUGCGGGCUCGGCCUAGCCGCAGUCACAGCUUCCCAGGCCACCCGCCUCCCCGAGCCCCGGCGGCCAGCCCUGCAGUUGUCCCCGAGCAAACGGAGGCAGAGCAUCGCCGAGAUGCGGGGCGGGGGGCAGGGCGCGGGGUAGGUGACUUUAUCCCGCCUCUGUUGCCCGGCCCAGGGGAGCAAUGACAUCACGUGGCCCUUUCCACGCGCCGACACAAAGAGCGGCUGCGAGAGGCCUCGGCCAGGGAGGCCGGCGGCCGCCGCUGCCUCUCAGGGCUCCGGGGCCCCGCCAGCCCGGCCCUCGGCCCUCUGUCCGCGCCCUUCUGCCGCCGCCGCUGUCGCCCGCGCCCCCCGCGCACCGCUGAGCCCGCCCGGGCGCCGGCCCUUUCCCAUGCGGGCUGCGAGGGCCCUGGGAGGGGCGCCCGGAGCCAGCCGCGCAGCAUGCACUGGGGGGUUGGCUUUGCCUCGUCCAGGCCGUGCGUGGUGGACCUGAGCUGGAACCAGAGCGUCUCUUUCUUCGGCUGGUGGGCCGGGUCCGAGGAGCCCUUCUCCUUUUAUGGGGACAUCAUCGCUUUCCCUUUGCAGGAUUACGGUGGGAUCAUGGCAGGGCUGGGCUCGGAUCCCUGGUGGAAGAAAACCCUUUAUUUGACCGGGGGAGCUUUGCUGGCCGCGGCUGCGUAUCUGCUCCACGAACUCCUGGUCAUUAGGAAACAGCAAGAGCUUGACUCCAAGGAUGCUAUUAUUUUACAUCAGUUCGCAAGACCUAAUAAUGGUGUCCCUAGCUUAUCUCCUUUCUGUCUGAAAAUGGAAACCUACUUAAGAAUGGCUGACCUACCCUAUCAGAACUAUUUUGGUGGAAAGCUCUCUGCUCAAGGGAAAAUGCCUUGGAUUGAAUAUAACAAUGAAAAAGUGUCUGGCACAGAAUUCAUAAUCGACUUUCUGGAAGAGAAACUUGGCGUGAACUUAAACAAAAACCUUGGCCCUCAUGAAAGAGCCGUCUCAAGAGCCGUCACCAAGAUGGUGGAAGAGCACUUCUAUUGGACCUUAGCUUAUUGCCAGUGGGUGGACAAUCUCAAUGAGACCCGGAAGAUGCUGUCUCUUAGUGGUGGUGGUCCCUUCAGUAACCUGCUCAGGUGGGUCGUGUGCCACAUAACAAAAGGAAUUGUGAAACGGGAGAUGCACGGCCACGGCAUUGGCCGCUUCUCGGAGGAAGAGAUUUACAUGCUGAUGGAGAAGGACAUGCGGUCUUUAGCGGGGCUUUUGGGUGAUAAGAAGUACAUCAUGGGGCCCAAGCUUUCCACUCUUGAUGCCACUGUCUUUGGGCACUUGGCACAGGCAAUGUGGACUUUGCCGGGGACAAGGCCAGAGCGGCUAAUCAAAGGGGAGCUGAUCAAUCUCGCCAUGUACUGUGAGAGGAUCAGGCGGAAAUUCUGGCCUGAGUGGCACCAUGAUGACGACAAUACCAUCUACGAGUCCGAGGAGAGCAGCGAGGGCAGCAAGACUCACACACCCAUGCUGGAUUUUAGCUUCUACUCAAGGACAGAGACCUUCGAAGACGAAGGGGCUGAGAACAGUUUUUCCAGGACGCCAGACACGGAUUUCACGGGACACUCUCUCUUUGAUUCUGACGUGGACAUGGAUGACUGCACAGACCAUGAACAGUGCAAGUGAUGUCCCGCCACGGACCCCUCUUCCUUAGGAGCCACCACUCCCUGGGGUCGGUCUGGUUUCCCAGGUAGAAAUCCACCUGAGCUGGGAGGAGAUCUUCAGGCUCGGCUCAGUUUUAACAUGCUAACCGGACUAUAAGCCGCCUUCUUUCUUUUUUUUUGUACAAACAAAACACAGAACCAUUCAGAUGGCUCCGUUUAAAACAGACCAAACAAAUAUCAGCAUGGUACCUGAAAUCCAUUUUCGUUUUCAUUAGAAAACCAAUAUUGUGUGGGAGGGUAGAUACAUGAGUGUGGGUUGUCACCCGAGUGUUGACAUUGAUCCUUUCCAACUGAGGACUCGAUCGUCAGGUGGAUUCUUGAGCAUCAGCCAUCUACCUGGGUUUUAAGUAAUAAGAGGUAUCAUCAGAAAACAUGCAGGCGGUGAUGUCCUUCAGCUGCGGCUGUACUUUGUGUGCGUACUUGUAUGUUGAGACAGAAGUCAAAUGAAGUCCGCCGAUAUUCAGUGGACAGAUAACUGUUAUGCGUGCGGCACUGAGUGGGGGUGCUAUGCAGCAGGGGUUUCGCUCUGAACCCUGCCAGUGACUAGCUGGGUGAUUUGGGGCAGGUCCUUUAACUCUUGUGUGCCUCAUUUAUCCCACCUGUAAAGUGGGCAUGACAAUACUCUCCACCUACCUACCUCACAGGGGUGUUGUGGGGAUUUGUGCGGCCGCAUUAGUAUGGCGCUUUAAACCUCCCGGAAGUGGUGCGACACGAGCCAAUUUUAUUCUUCACUGGGCUUCAUACAUGUUACGAUCUGCGGGCAAAGUGACUUCCAUAGCUGGGCAAAAAGCACAGUCACUCGCAAAGGCUGUGCAGACGAAACACACACAAAGCCAAUGAGGGCCGAGUCAUUCCUCUUUGUGGCUUGGCCGGAAGAACUUUGGAAGUAGCUUCGCAAAUCAUCGUCAGCUACAAUGUGGUCCUCCACUCUGGGCCUUUACGGAACAGCGUUUCUUUCAUUGCCGAGUGCAUUGGCAUGUGGCUUCGCUGUCUCCCAAGUGCUAACGUACCUGUGUUUAUUGAUUUGGAGAAGAUAAAGCUUAGGACCAUGGCGGGUUAACAGAGGUGAAGGAAAGUAUUUGUUGUAGGCAGAAGCUUGUUGACUGUCAUGGCUUUUUGAAGACAAAGAUACAUUGGAAAGAGAAGCCUGAGGGUGUUCCUUGUGUCUGAGUCCCCUGCAGUUUCCUGAAUGCACCUUGUCAGGUGUCCCCCUGUCUCUGUGUCAGAGUAGGACAGUGCUGACACCAACCUAGGGCUUCAUGGUCUCUCAUCCCUUCCCAUCACCCCCCUCUCUCUUCCUCUCCCCAGAGCCCCCGAACGGGUGGAAUGUGUCUGUAUUUGUAUUUGUCUCUGAAAACAACAUUGGAUAGCAUAGUUUAUUUUCCAGGCAGUUGUGGGGCAAGGGUUCUGUGUGGUGGCUGUGGAUUUGGGCUGUAAGACUUAACUGCAAGUCAAUGACUUUGCUUCUGACCAACUGCAUAAAGGUUACUCCUUACUGGGUUGAUGAGGCCCCUCAAAGAUGGAAGUUUCUGAGAAAUCAAUGCAUUUUGCUUGAAAUGCAACCUAUUUUUGAUAUAGCUUUCCCACAAAAAUCUUUAAAGAGUGUUGUUCAUUUUCAGAGAGGCCAAGAGGGAGCGUUUUUUGAAGAUGCUUGCCACUUAAGUCGCUGCAGGGCGUAUGGAAAUAGGGGAUAAUGUUGAACUCUUAGGUUAGAAAGUCUUACCUGUAGAAAACUUAGCUGUAGAUUAUUUUCUAUUGAAGCCACUCCUGUGUGGAGGAACCUGCUUGAUGAGUAGUCAGAAUAGGCUUGAGAAGCUGUGCUUGCUUAAACAUACUUGUGUGUUGGUGUCAUGCGUGUGUCUCGUUUGCCUCCUGGUGUUCUGAGCACCUGGCGGCAGUUCUAUGUGACUAGGGAAACUACCGAAUGAAGCGUGGACAGGACGGCUGUGGACCUCACUGGGUACAAGUUUUCUUGUCCGCUCCCCUCUCUCAACUGGAAAGAAAUUCUUGACGCUUUGCUUAUAACUGAUUUAUUCUUCCUGUGUGAUGCUUUUCCCUGUAAGAAUGUUUUCAGUAUGAGUAUGUGGACUAAUGUCUGCUUUCUUGUGCAUUAUUUGGAAGGAAUCUCCACAGACAGGCAGUGUUUGUUGUUAAGUUGUAUUUAUUCCACCCAGGCACCCCUAGAGGGGGGUAAUGGAGUGUGCAUUUUCAACUACAGUCCUAGGCACUUGGACAGCUUACAGCUGGGUACCUUGUAGAUACAAAUUUAAAUAGAAUCUGAGACUAUACCUCUGUUUCCCUCCUCCAUAUGGAUUAUUGAAACAAAAUGACCAAGACAAGAAUCAUGGCUGUGGGGGUCCUUAAUGGGAGGGCUUUACUUCUUUAUGUGCUGCCCAGAUUUGAAGGCCUGUGCAGGUUGGUGACUAGGUGCUGCUUGUAAUGACAACAAUAAGAAACUAGAGGAUGUUUUACUCCUUUCCUCGAGUCUUUCGUUUUCUCCUUCUGGAAAGUAAUGUAAGGGAGCACCGUCUUUUUAUGUAAACUGAUGCUUUUGAUUGAGCAGAAAAUCCGAGGACCAAGGGUUACUUUUAAGUUUUUAUUAUAGAAACAAAGCUUCUUAUAUGUCUGUCUCCCAUUCCACACCCAGGACGAGUGAGCAGUAGUUAUGAGCUCUGGAUCCAUCAGGGAAGUUAAAAGGACAAGGUACACUUUUGCAGACAUAUACUAUGUGGCCAGAUUCUACCAUUUUGUUGUCCUAUAAUCACUUGUGAUCAGUGACACGCCGAGGCCGUGGCCACCACAUCUUUGAUCACAGACUUAGAACCUUUGGACUUGAAUCAUUAUUGCAAUCUAGGCUUCAGGUGAGUUUUGCCCGAGUGCACAGAGGUAUUUGAUUUGCUUUUGGGAAAUGAGUAGGAGUCAAAGAAAGGAAGGACUAGAGUUCUUUGCAAGUAGAGAACUGAAAAAAGUCUAUGACAUAGCUGUAGAGGGGCCCUUGCAAGAGAGCUGCAGAGGUCAUUGCUGUCUCACUCACACACCGUGUAGUUGGAGAAGGAGUAAGAUCCACAACUGUCGUCUUUGACCUUGCCCAAGAGGGAUCUUGCCACCGCACCACCUUGCUUUGGCUUCCUUACAUACCCAUGUUCUGAACAAUUGCUUCCUGUUUCAGUACCAACACACCCGGGCCUCACUCUGAGUGCUGGAUCCCUACUACGUCCGUUUCUCCUCCUGCAUCCCGCCAGGCUGGUUCAGGCCAGUUCGAGACCCUUCCUCAGUAUCUAUCCUAUGUGCUAAGCUCUGUGAAUCACAAGAAGAUGGCUUUUCAAAUUCAACACUCCCCUUUCCGUCUUUUGUUACCUUUAAAAUAACUUGUGUUCCCUUAGUCACUCGCUCACUGAGUAUGUACUGAGCAUCCUCCCUGUGUCUGGCCCUGGGAUGCACAUUGGAUGUAGACUAACUGAAAAGGCAGACUGACACUGACUUCAGAGCAUCCUCUUUUGCUUAGAUUUGAGUGAUAACCUUCACACGCCCAGACUCUCCCCUGAUCCGUCUCACACAGUACCAGUGGAGGAGUCUUUAGAACAAACUUUUGGUCUGUAGGGGAUCUUAAUUGCCUUAGGCUGAGGCUUCUUCCUUAGGGCUUGAUAUUCUCAGUUCCUUCUCUUGUCUCCCAUGGCUCUUCCACACACCCUCUAGUGCAGCAGAUCCAUUUAUCAUUAUCUCUACAUGCCUCCCGUAUCCCACUUUUGGGUUUCUGGUCAUGCCAGCCCCUCCGCUGAAAUGCCCUACCCUCUGGCCCUAAUCAUCAUCUCUUAAGGCCCAACUUCAUCAGUUCCGCAUGAAGAGCCCCCGACUUAUUAUCAUCCCCCUUUCCUCUAAAAACAAAAACACUUAUCAUUUCCUUCCCUGAAGGCUAGAUGGGAAAAGCAUGCUCAGAAAGUGGGCCACGUGCUAUAAAGUAAUGGGUUUUCAUUGUGUGUAUCAGUGCCUCCAUUGAUAAUCUAAUGAGAGUCCUAGGCUCUAUUCCCAGAAAAGUGCACAUAUGCAAAUCUCCACAAUUUUACAUAUAAAUUCAAAGAUUUGGAAAGUAGAAUUGCUCUUUGAUUCCUCAGGGGGUCCAUAGACCACAGAUGAGGAGGUCUUGUUCUAAAGUGUCUCUAAACAUCACUCUUGGUGUUGUUCUUGUCUUUCACACUUCCAGGGAGGAGAGAAUUGGUAUGAGACGUGCAAGCGCAAGGUUAUUGUUAUUCACCCUGAAUAUGUGCUGAGUGACAGAGAGGGAAGAAAGACCAGCUGCCUCACAUUGUCUGGGAAAAUAUCUUUAUUCAGACAGAGCUGGAAUUUUUAUGUUAUGCGUGUGUACAUUGUCUUUUGGGGUGUACGCACCUUUGAGGGUAUACAAGCCAGCUAGGGGAAUUGGAUCCUGCUCAGCUGGAGAUAGGGGUGUUUGCAAGUAGUGGGUGCUGGGGUUAGAAUUCUGGUCCUCACAGGCUGGAGAAAUGGUUCGUCUGCUAAAGGCUAGGCUCACAAGCAGGAAUAAUAGGAUUCUGGGCCUCAUAAUUGAGCAGCAAUCACUGGGAACUACUGAACCAUUCCUCUAGCUCCCAGAUUUACAAUUUUGAAAGCGAUAGAGUUUGUCAUUGUUGUCAUUGUUAAUUAUUUUUAGCCACUUCUGAAGUUGAUGUAGCAAAGUGAGUUCAGGACCAAGUCAGCAUCAUUUCUGCCCUGAAACCCACCUCUUCUGAGUGGGUGAGCAGUGGACUUGGGGCUGAAAGAAGUGGUUGUUUUUUUUUUUUUUUUUGUGGAAUGAGACCUAUGCAACAAAAUUUCCUGUGUUCAUUUAUUAUGGGUCGAUUGCUGAUUCCAUUUUCCAUAAGAUGGCGAUGCAUUAUCCUGGUAGGGAACAGCUCAGUUUAUUCUUCCAUUUAAAAACAAAAAAUAAAAACAAACUAACAAAUCCAGAACAAAGUUAUCUUUAGUGCUCCCGACUGACCUGGGUUCCUUUCUGGGUGUGCAAUCUUGUUUGAGUAGACGUAGGACUAGUAUGCUGAAUAUACUAGGAAAGUAUAUUCAGUGACAAUUUCCCACUUUGAAAGCUGAGCUCUGCCAGACCAUCGUUAGCAGGUCCGGAGAGCAAUGGUGAACAACUGUGACAUGCUUUGCCUAUAUUCUGUGCUUCUGGUGACCUGAAUGAACCUGCAGAGUUCACAAGGAUCCCCUUGGUGGGUAGGUAAGACUGGCGUGCCCCUUGCCUGUAGCAUUCUUACUAAUGCUAUGGGUAGGUAGCAAACACACAUGGGAUGCUUCGUUUAUUUCAAUUCUUCACUCUUUCUUUUUUCCAACUCUUCACCUGGAGCUUUUGGUCUUUGAAGAAUACCUGAAGCCCUGAAGCAGUGAUUGCUGGCACCAGUCAGUACCUUCCCUUUCAGAGUACAGUUACGGUAGUGAAAAGCGGCUUCAGGGAAAGGGACUCAGUGAUUUUAGAGCUCGGACAUUCUGUAUUUUGCAGAAGCAGAGAACUUCUCCAGACCCAGAGUUUCUAAAAGUCACCAUGACAACCACAAACUCUGGUUUCAGGAGGAUCAUUGCUCCAGGAUAUCCGGCUUGUGGGCAUAAGAAGGGGCCUUUGCAAAAGUGAAACAAGCACCUUAUGAAUCUGGUCCCACGCCAAGUACUGCUUCAGUGCUUUGGAGUUCGGUGCACAGUGAGUUCCAGCAUUGCUUCCCAGCAUUUAAGAACACUAGCACCCCUCAUUACAACUUUCACUACUCUAAGACAACCUACUGACUGCUGAGUACUAUAUACAUCCAUUUAUCACGGCCGGUUUAUGGUUUAAAUAGUAGUAUUGUUAAAUGAGAGCAAUUUGUCUCCCACCCUCUGUCAGCAAGCAUUUAUUUUUAUUUAUUUGCUUUUAUUCUGUGACUCUAGAAUACUUCAUUUGUCAAUAAUAUUUUAAUGUUUUUCUUUAUUUAGCACUUGAGCUACUCUCUGAUCUUUAGAAAAAUGGAUUUAGCUUAUAAAUUGCCUUGUUUAUUAGUGCUGGCUAAACCCGUAACAAAAAAAGACAGAAUGGUUGUUUCAGGGCUAUAAGAGAGGGAGGCUCUUCAGUCAGAGGUGUUUCCCCUUUAACAGCUGUUUAGAAUGGAAGUGGUCUUCCACACUUCUUUCCAUCUUACACCCUCUGGGAGAUUAUUUGAUUAUUAGCCAAGUCCAGUGGCUGUAUUUUAAUUUUUCAUUAUAUUUGAUUUUUUUGUCGUAUUAUGACAGAAGACAACCUUUCAAUGUUUGGCAGGUCUCUGUGUCAACAGGAGUGCCAUGUUUCUGUGGCUCCUGUCAAAGUGAUUUUGCCUCAGUAACAAGCCUCCUGAGAUCAGAUCACGCCAACUGUAAACAGAGUUUUUGCUCACUUACCUGCACUGUAUUAAAUGACAACUCAAGUUUUAAUUUGGGUGAUGGUUUCUUCAUGAUGGUGGUUGGGUAGGUGAGGUACCACGUCCCUUUCCUGGGAUUCCUAGCCUUUCACUGAGACAGGAGAGAAAGAAAUGUCAGUAAAUACCAGGACUCAGAUGUAGUGUGGCUGGGUUGACGAUGUGUUGGUCAUGGAAAGUUUUUCAGGUGAUGGAAUGUUAUGAAAAGAAAAAAAAGCAAAGGCUUCCAAAUUAAAACAAAACAAAACAAAACAAAACACUGUCUCCACAGUGAUGGAUUGCCUAUGGAUGUACAAGUGGCCAAUGUGGGAAGCACCGAAGUAAGGUUUGUUUAGCUUAAUUUCUGACCAUAGACAUGAUCUCUGAAUACAUAGUGCUGUUCACCCUGCUCUCAGUGCUCAGUACUGUUCCACUGAGGACAGUCAUUGUUCAUCCUGACCUCAGUGUCAUGUCCCAGCGCCGUCCUACUGAGGACAAUCACUGCUCAUCCUGACCUCAGUGCUCAUGUCCCAGUAUUACCUCACUGAGGACAGUAACUAUUCAUCCUGACCUCAGUGCUCAGUACUGUUCCACCGAGGCUGGAUUGGCAAUUUGCACUGCAAUUGACAGGUCCUGGCCCAGUGUGUUUACUCCUUUGAUUUCGCAACUUUGUUCUAGUAUCAAAAGUCAUGGCACGUAUAGAAAGUGUAUGAAGCAAUUAUAUUUUGUUUGAGACUUUUUAAAAUGUUUGGAGACACUAUAAGUCAUUCAUAUUUAGGCAUCUGUUCAAACAAUUUACUUAAUUUAUCCAUAGAACUUUCUGUACUUGUCUCUCUGUAUCUACUUAUGAUCAAUGCAGAUGUAUAUGUGCAGACACUGUUGUAGAUGUGUAUAUGGCUCUGCUGAUUUAUAAUGUUCAUUUCAAAGCCUCUUAGGCCUAGACAUUAGAAAGUGUAUUAUUCAGUAGAGUUUAAGGAAUGAGGGCGGUUACUUAGCACCCAGAAGGCUGUAACUGAUUAUAGAAUGUGUCUGUAACCCGUGUGGCAAGUGGAUAGAUAUGGAUGCAUGAUUUGGGUCAAGUUAUUUACUGAUUUUUAUGUAAAGUAGGUGGCAAGAAAAAUCAAGAGUUAGAUGUAGCUUGUUUUCCUUUGAGGCAGGAUCUCAUGUGGCUAGAUCUCACUUUCGCAAGAACUCGUUUUCAUUCUGGUUUUGGGAACACUUGGUCUACAAUGCCUUGACAAUUCCCCAAAUUCUUUCACCAUACUUAGGUGAAAACAAGAAAAUCAAGGGAGAUGAACCCCAAUUAUUCAAUAAAAAUGCAUUGCCGGAGAAUUUGGGCACCUUUCUGAAAUGCAAGCUUUACUAACACCAGGUAAUCACCCUCCCGUCUCACUUGUGUAUCCGAAUGCAUCAAAGAUGUCCGCGUUUACUCUAAGAAAACUAAAAGAGCGAGGGCCUACUGGCGUGAUUUGGGGCUGAUGGAGGACAUUUACCUGUGCCAUCUGGUUCACAAACACGGUGACUAGCAUCUCACUGAUGGAGGGCCCCACUGUGGAGGCAUUGUGCAAUGUUAUUUCUGGAGCCACGAGUUACUUUAGUACAGUUGCUGUUAGUAGUUUAUAAAGCCAUACUUCCACUUGUACACUUGAUUGUAAGAUAGACUUAAAUUGUGCACUAUGUUGAUUACUCCAUGUAAAUGUGGAAAUUCUGUAUAUUUGGUCUUAUGCUGUAUGUAUUUGAUGUGUAAAUGAUAACUAAUGAAUAUGAAAUAGCUUGCUGUGGAUGUCUUCAUUCCGAUUCGUUUCUCUUGAAAAAUUAAAUGUUUAAUAUUUGUACCUAUGGGGAA